AUGGCAGCCAGAUAUCAGUUCAGCAAUGUCUAUCUCGUCAGCGGGCUCGCGACGUUGGGCGGAAUGAUGCAGGGCUUCGAUGUCGCUUCCAUGUCUGCGGUCAUUGGAACCACACAGUACAAAACCUACUUUGACAGUCCCACGUCUGUUCUACAGGGCGGUAUCACAGCCAGUAUGGCGGGAGGCUCGCUGCUGGGCUCGGCAGCAACCAUAGCCACGGGCGACCGUUUUGGACGGCGAGACUCCCUUGCGAUCGGCUGCGUAAUCUUCAUCAUUKGCUGUGCGAUCAUGUCCGCGGUGCAGAACGUGCCAAUGUUGAUUGUAUCCCGCAUCAUCAAUGGCUUUGCGGUUGGAAUCUUCAGUUGUCAAGCGCCUCUCUACAUUGCAGAAAUCAGCAAGCCCGAGAGACGCGGCCGACUCAUCACCUUUCAGAAUUGGAUGAUUGGAUGGGGAACUCUCAUCAUUUACUUCCUCUCCUACGGCACGUCCUUCCUCGAGAGCAACGCCUCCUUUCGGAUUCCAUGGGCCUUACAGAUGAUCCCUGCUAUUGUGAUGCUAUCAUGUAUCUCUUUCCUGCCAAGAAGUCCACGAUGGCUUGCGAGCWAAGAUCGUUGGGAAGAGGCGCAUGAUGUGCUUGCCUCUCUACACGCAAGAGGAGACCGCAUGGACCCGCUGGUAUUGGCUGAGCUCCAGGAAAUCAAGGAGAAGGUUUUCCUCGAGCGGGAGUACGGUAGCACGGCCUGGUCGGAGCUCUUCAACUCGCGUAAUAUCAUGCGAACACAAGGCGCUGUCUGCGCUCAUCUCUGGUCCCAGUUCAGCGGGAACAAUGCUCUCAUGUACUACAUCGUCUACAUCUUCCAGAUGGCAGGCAUAGGAGGCAACCGCCAACUUGUCGCCGGAUCGAUCCAGUACUGUAUCAGCGUGGGAGUUCAGGUCUUCUCCUUCCUGCUCAUGGACCGCUACCGCCGUCGUUGGGCGCUCAUGACUGGUUCCACUCUGCUCGCCACAUUCCUGUUCACUGCUUCCGGGUUGAUGGCCGUCCACGGACACUCCGUCCCAGGAGGCCUGAACAACGUCAAGAGCGUGACCUGGGUUGUGGAUGAUUCGGCCGCUUCGAAAGCAAUCAUUGCAUGCGCAUAUCUCUUCGUUGCCAGCUAUGCUCUCACUUGGGGACCUAUCGGAUGGCUAUACCCAGCAGAGGUCUUGCCGCUAUACAUUCGCAGCAAAGCCACAUCCAUUGGCGUGGGUGUGAAUUGGAUCGGCAACUUCGCUUUGACGUUCUUCACGCCACCUGCGUUUGAGCAUAUCAAGUGGCGGACAUUCAUCAUCUUCGGCUUGUUCAACGUCGCAUCCUUCUUCCAUGUCUUCCUCUUUUUCCCCGAGACGAAAAGAAAGACUCUCGAAGAAAUGGACGAGGUCUUUGCACAAAGCAUCUGGGCGUUCAAGAUCAAACACACGCCCAGUCGUCUCACCCAGGAUGUUGAGCAAGUGCGCAACGACGUCGACGGUGCAGUGGCAGACCUCGAGGAACUAGAAGAGACCGCAAAGCACGACACAAAGCCAUAG